CUCUUUGUCACCAUAAUUUAAUCUCCCUCUUUCUCUCUCCUUUUUUUCCCUUCUCAUUUUCACUUCUACAUUCUUCUCUCUUACACUUCUUAGAGUACUACCAAAGUAAAACAACAAAAUCUUACAUAUUCCUUGAUCAUGUCAAGUAACAUGUCAAGUAACAUGAAGGGAAAAGAUGUAAUAAAUUUUCAGGGACCGUCAUCCGUUGGUGGCGGAUCCCGGUCCCCAAUCGACGACGAGGACCACCACCUCAACCACAACCACAACCACAACCAGCACCGGCAAUCGACGGCUGCACCGUUGAGCCGGUACGAGUCCCAAAAACGGCGAGAUUGGAACACUUUUUGCCAGUACUUAAAAAAUCAACGUCCCCCAAUUAAUGUCAUGUCACACUGCACCCCAAGUCAUGUGUUAGAUUUUUUAAGGUACUUAGACCAAUUUGGAAAAACUAAGGUACACAUCCAAGGUUGUAUGUUUUUUGGGCAACCUGAGCCUCCUGGCCCAUGCACUUGCCCUCUAAGGCAAGCUUGGGGCAGCCUUGAUGCACUCAUCGGCCGCCUUCGAGCCGCCUACGAAGAGAACGGCGGUCCACCUGAGACGAACCCGUUUGCUAGUGGCGUUAUAAGGAUGUAUUUGAGGGAGGUGAGAGAUUCUCAAGCUAAAGCAAGAGGAGUUCCUUACAAGAAAAAGAAGAAGAAGAGAAGCCAACUCAAAGCAGCUGCUGCUGCUGCUGCUGUUGCUGUUGCAGUUGCUGCUAGUAGUAGUAAUAAUACUGCUAGUGAUGGAACUUCAAGGUUUCCCAUGCAAUCAUCUUCUUGAUACUCCAUUAAAACUCAUUAAAUUAGUCUUCUCAAUUCUCAUCUAUCAGACUACUAUAUAUAGGUAAUUUCUAUCUAAUCUUUCCCUAAAUUUAAUUUCUGGGAUUUUUCUGUUGAAUUUGUUCAUUUAGUACACAUUUUCAAGAAUAUUGGCUUUUAUAUAUAGUACAUGUUAUAUAUGUAUACUAUAAUACAAGUUUUUGGGUCA